UUGAAUGCAAAUGACAUCCAUUUUAAAAUUUUAUUAAGCAUUUGUUGUUCUUGGAUGUCACAUGUAUUGUUUUACUGCAGCGUUAGAAAGUUGAUAGAAUCUGUGUUUAUCAAGUUUUGUGAGUUUUAAUAACUGAUUUCUGAACUUUAAUAUAGUGCCUAUUUGAAUAAUUAUCACAAAUUACGCAAAUAUUUAAAAUACUGUUUAUAAAUAAAUUAAAUUAAAAUGCCCCGUCAACGUCAACGUACCACAACGCACAGAUCGUAUUCCAUUGAUGCUUUAAAAACGGCAACUGAAAAAAUUAUAAAAGGAGAACUAUCGAUAAGAAAAGCAGCGGCCAGUCAUCAGAUACCAAAAAAUACAUUAGCCAGGUAUGUGCUCAAAGUUAAAAAUACACCUGAUGGAGUUAAGGUUAAUUUUCGACCAUCAAAUGAACAUUUACUCGUUUUCAACUCAAGUGAAGAAUUGCUAUUGAAAAAAUAUAUUCAAGAUGCAGUCAACAUGCAUCAUGGACUUUCAUUUACCCAAGUUCGUCGCUUAGCUUUUGAGUUUGCCAUAGCAAAUAACAAAAACGUGAAAUGUAAUUGGACAGAAGAAAAAAUGGCUGGAAUAGAAUGGCUGCAUUCAUUUAUGAGACGACAGAGUUUGGCGCUAAGAACCCCCGAACAAACUAGUCUUAGCCGUUGCACUAGUUUCAAUAAAACUAAUGUUGGAGCAUUUUUUUCAAAUUUAGAAGGUGUUAUUAACCGAUUUAAUCUACAAGCACAAGACAUUUUUAACUUAGAUGAGACUGGUCUCACAAGUGUACAUAAACCAGUAAAAGUUUUAGCUUUAAAGGGGCAAAAGCAAGUUGGCCAGGCAACAUCAGCUGAACGAGGUGUCUUGGUUACAGCAUGUUGUAUUGUUGGAGCUACAGGAACUGCAAUACCUCCAUAUUUGCUGUUUCCCAGAGUGUUUUUUAAGGAACACAUGAUUAAAGGCGCACCUGUUGGAACAAAAGGUGCAGCAACAAAAUCUGGAUGGAUGAUUUCAGAUAUUUAUAUUGAUGUCCUCAAACAUUUUGUCGAUCACGUAAGACCUACAACAGACAGUCCAAAGUUGAUAUUAUUAGACAACCACGAGAGCCACUUAAGUAUUGCUGCGUUGAAUUAUGCAAAGACUAAUGGCAUAAUGUUGCUGACCUUCCCUCCGCACUGCAGCCAUAAGUUGCAGCCUCUGGAUGUGAGCGUAUUCGGUCCCUUAAAAAAACACUACAACAGAGCCUGCAAUGAUUGGAUGACAAACCAUCCUGCGACUCCAAUCACAAUUUAUGACAUAGGAGAAUUACUGGGGACUGCUUUUCCGUUAGCAUUUACGCCAAGGAAUAUUUCCCAAGGGUUCAAAGCAGCAGGAAUCUGUCCAUUUGAUUCCCAAAUAUUUACAGAGGAAGAUUUUUUAGCUGCAACAGUUACAGAUAGACCAGAUCCAACUGUUUCAGAUACAACCAUUGAAUCGACAACAUUACCCUCAACAUCAGUAUCAACCACCAUAGAAAUACCAACCUCACUAACUGACUGUCAACUUAUUUCUCCGGAACAAAUACGACCAUUCCCUAAAGCCGGAAUGUGUAAAAAUAACAGAAAACCAAGGCAGUAAGGAAAGUCUGCUGUUUUAACGGAUACUCCAGUCAAACGGCAAUUGGAAGAAGCUGCACAAAUGCGUGCAAAUAAAUCUAAGCCUAAGUCCAUUGCCCCAAGAAAAGAAAAGCGUAAAAUAUUAAUAGAGUCCAGUGAUGAAGGAUCAUCAGAAGUAGAGUAUGCCGAUUCUUCAUUGGAUAUUUCAGAAUUAUCUUCUGGAGAAGAUACGGAUGAUUUUAACCAGCCCAUAACCGUCGAUGAUUUCGUGCUUGCUAUGGUGCACGGAGCUAAGAAAAAGUCUAGCAGGCACUAUAUUGCCAAAAUAAUUUCGAAAACGCAAGAUGGUUUCAGCGUUAAGUGGCUGAAAAAUCAAAAUAG